UGGGGGAAAAGCGAAACAUUUUUUUAGUUCUGUUUUGUUUUUAUGAAACAUGUUGACAUUCAACAUGGCGGCAUGUCGUCAGUGCUGUGCUGUGUCGUGGUGAGUCGAAAAUUUAUAAUUUCUUUGUCAAAAUAACCACCAAGCCUUACCAAAAUCUUGUGUAACUAAGAAACCAAAAUUUAGAAUAGAAAAUUCAAAAGCAACCGGUAUCAGCGCAACCACUGGCCUUGACAAAUUAUGAGCGACACAACACAAUCCGUACCCAGCACGCAUUGAAGACAUCUGAGGAUUUUUAGUUCAGCAUUUCAGUUUACGUUAUUUAAAACAAAUUUUGUGUGAUCGUGAAUUGUCGUUAAAAAGUAUUUUUUAAAAGAAAAAGAAAGGAAAAAGAAAUUGUCUCGGGAUCGUUUUGUGAACUUGUCGAGAAUGUAUAUAUCGAAUGCUGCACGUUAAGUUGACCUCGAUCCUGCUGUCGAUUUUUUCCACUACGAUAUCCGCUGCCAUAUAUGACUGUUGUGGGUAUUAUUAAUAGCAUAACCGUUCUGUGAUAUUCGCUACACUUAGAAAAUUGAUAUAACCAAGUGAAGCUAAAUCAUUGUUCCGAUAGACAAUGUCCACCAAUCCUCAGUGGAAAACUUUCCAGCCGCCUGACGUCAUGCAUCAAGACUCUGCCAUUCUCGAUUUUAAAAGUAUGACCACCAAUGGUAAAUCAACACAGGCAUUUAACUUUAGUCGAUCUAAUUCAACUUCACGUUUCGGACCUGAUUUUCCUCUCCUUCAAGACAAGUCAUCAUAUAGUAGUUUAUAUGGAUCAUCAAGUACGACAGCUCGUUUUCCUCCUAUUGGUACAUUCUCCCUAGAUUCCAAUAACAUAUACAACAGUAGCGGGGACUCACCUAGUAAUAGUAUAUUUUCAAACGGCAACACCAGCUAUAACGAAUCAAAUUCGGCAAAUCUUGGCACACGGGAAACUGGAAUCAUAGAAAAAUUAUUGCAUUCGUACGGAUUUAUUCAGUGCUGCGAACGACAGGCACGACUGUUUUUCCACUUCAGCCAAUUUAGCGGAAACAUUGAGCACUUGAAGAUUGGCGACCCUGUCGAAUUCGAGAUGACCUAUGAUCGCCGAACUGGAAAGCCGAUCGCCAGUGCAGUGACGAAAAUUGCGCCUGAUGUUGUAAUGAGCGAGGAACGUGUGACGGGCACCGUUACGACGGAACUGCGCAUCGAAGGAUCGGGUGGUGACACUCAAGGAAGAAUUAGUUACGAAAAUCGCGGCGAAUGCUUUUUCCUACCUUACACCAAAGAUGAUGUUGAGGGGAACGUUACGUUACGAGCGGGGGACAAAGUUAGUUUUCAAAUAGCUACAAAUAACCGUGGAAAUCUAGGCGCAUGUCACGUGCGAUUAGAAAACCCAGCGCAUCCGGUCAAAUAUCAAGGUGUCAUCUGUUCCAUGAAAGAAAGUUUCGGUUUCAUCGAGAGGGCGGACGUCGUCAAAGAGAUUUUCUUUCACUUCUCAGAGGCAAAAACGAAAGAGGAGCUGCGGUUAGGUGACGACGUGGAGUUUAUCAUUCAAACACGGAAUGGAAAGGAAGUUGCUUGUAAUAUAACUCGUUUACCGGCCGGCACGGUCAUAUUUGAGGACUUAAAACCCGACAUUUUGAAAGGGCAAGUUUUAAAGCCGCUCGAUCGUGGCCCGAACACGAGGCAUCAAACUGACGCCUUACCGGGGCGGAUUCGGUAUCGCGCUCCUGACCAUUCGGAGGUAGAAAUUUCAUUCGGCGAUAAGGAUCAGAAAGGAGACUUUACUUUGCGCCACGGCGACUGGGUCCAAUUCCAAAUUGCGACCGAUAGACGUGACCAACUAAAUCGUGCCACGCACAUUUUGUUGUUAGAUGAAAGUUUCAUGGUGUCCGGCGAGAGAAGAGAGCAGGGGGUGGUCGCGUCCGUCAAGGAUGGUUUCGGCUUUUUGAAAUGCGUCGAACGUGAAGCCAAGUUAUUCUUUCAUUUUAACGAAGUAUUGGAUGUGGAUCAGGAUAUCAAAGUGGGCGAAGAGUUUGAAUUCACUGUUGUCCAGGACCAAACGAGUACAUACGCAAACAACCGUCAAAGCGCCAUACGAAUGAAACGUUUACCGGCUGGCACAGUUCAAUUCGAAACAACAGUUGAAAACGAAGUCUCGGGAAUCAUAUGUAAGGAAACCUCACCUCAUAAUUGGUCUACAAACAAUAGGAGUCCAAGUAAAACGCAAAAUGGACAAAACGGUAACGGCGAUCAUACUGUCGAAUCCGGUAUGAUCACUUAUCAGCUCAACGGUAUUAAAAAGACUAUUCCAUUUUAUUCCAAAGAUUGUGACUUAAAGCAGUUUCCUAGGUUUGGAGAUAAGGUACAAUUUAAUGUUAAUCAAAUAAAACGUAACAAGGAAUUAAUUGCCGUCAAUAUACAAGUUUUACAAUCAGCUUUACAAACAAAUGGUAUUUCGAAACCCAGUAAUCGUUCGGUUUUACUAACGCAUCAGGGUUUUAUUGCUGCUCUUAAAGAUGGAUUUGGAUUUAUAGAAACUAUGCAACAUGAUAAGGAAGUUUUCUUUCACUUUAGCAAUUUCGAUGGUGACGCAAAUACUUUAGAAUUAGGACAAGAAGUAGAAUAUAAUUUAGGAGGUCGUGAGAAGUCUGGUAGUUGCUCAUCGGCCGAAAACGUAAAGGUAAUUUCGAAAGGAAGUAUCGACCUGCCGGUAAUAUCCAGCGAGGUGUACGAUGGUAUCGUCAUGCGACCGUUAAGAUCUGUAAAUCCCGAUCAAAGCGAAUACUCAGGUUUAAUUAAGGUUAUCGAUGAACAAGCGAACGAAAAGACCAAGGAAUUCGAAUUCGGCAUAAUGGGCCUGGCGAACAAGCGGGAGCUAUUGCAAGUUGGUGAUCCUGUACAGUUUCAAGUCGAUUCCACAGGUAGAGCUGGGAAUAUAAUCGCUGUCCGAAAAAAGCUGCGAGCUACUGUCGAUGCGAUUAAAGGGCAAUUUGGUUUUUUGGCGUACGAAGUGGAAGAAGGGAAGAAGUUGUUCUUUCACAUGUCGGAGGUGAAAGACAACAUUAACUUACAAGUUGGCGAUCAAGUCGAAUUUGUACUCGUCACUAAUCAACGAAAUGGAAAGUCUUCGGCUUGUAAUGUUGUCAAAAUGAGUGAUGGUCAGUCUCGACCGGAGCGUCUAAUUAGUCGAUUACGUACUAUAUCGUUGGAUGAUAAUGGUCCCAAAUUGACAGUGAUUCGACAACCAAAAGGGCCGGACGGCUCCAAAGGCUUUUUGUUAAAUGUCAGAAGUAUCCGUUUACCCGGUUCAGUAACCGAGUAACGUUUUAGUCAUUGGUUCAUACCAUCUCUGCACUUGUACCCGGUGCGUCCCAGUCAUUCGGUACAUUAAGUACUAAUUUAUUUAGCAGUGAAGUCAGCAAAAUUUUGUAAUUUAUAAGUCUAUUGAAUAUGAUUGAAUUGAUUUUUAAAAAAAUGCUAAAUUGUUAUAAAACCGAAAAUAAAUUAAACUAGGGCGAGGAGUUCUUUUUUUUGGAAUGUACACACCAAUACUAGUAGUAGCUAUGUUUAUACAUGUUGAAUUUGAAAAAUGCCAUUCGCAGUCUUACUGUGCUUAAUACACUGCUUCGAAACCAAAAAUGAUAAUCCAUUGACAAAUAUGAAAUACAAUGAAUUUAUUGUUACGUACAUCAUUUAAGAAAUUAGAGUUAUUAGAAAGACUGCAUCGAUAAGUAAACUAUAAGAUUUUUAAAAUUUUAUUUAGCAAACGUUUGAGUGUAUUGUUAGUUUGCUGUUAAUACAGUAUCCACAUCAAUUGGCCUAACUGGCCUUGUGAUUUGUCACUUCGUCUUUCUGUGAUAAUAAUUGACUUAUCAUACUCGUAAAAAGUCCCUUUGUCAUGUAUGUACAUUUUUACAAUUUUCUUUUUAAUUUUAUAAUUUUUAACGAUAUAAAGGCGAGUUAUUUUAUUAUUAUUUAUUUGUUGUUUUUCUGCUCUCGCGCGAGAUUGCAAAGCGCAGAAUCCUCUGCGCCCACCCUGAUGUGGGUAUUGUAAGAUGCAGUUCUGAAUAGCAGUUAACAAAUAUCGAUGUGGAUUAUCUUUAUACUUGUAAAAGUUGUUUUAAUUUGAAGGAAAAUAAAAUAAUAAACAUAUAAGCCAUUACUUGAA